AUGCAAUUGCCGAUUCUCGGCUGCACUUUCCUCACGCUGUCAGAACGUGGGGAAAGUACUGCAGAGCACUGCAGAGAACUGGCAGUUGUCAGAGCAGGGAUCGGCACCGAUCAUCAGGGCACUGAUGAUCAGUGCCCUGAUGAUCGGUGCCAAGCAGUGCCACCCACCAGUUCCACCCACCUGUGCCCAGCAGUGCCACCCACCAGUGCCCAGCAGUGCCACCCACCCUUGCCCAUCAGUGCCACCCACCUGUCCCAGCAGUGCUGCCACUCAGUGCCCAGCAGUUGCGCCAGUCAAUGCCCAGCAGUGCAGCCAGUCAGUGCCCAGCAGUGCCGCCAGUCAGUGCCGCCAGUCAGU